UUUCAUAAAUGCCCUCUUUAUCCAAUCUAUUUAUUUCUUCGGUUUUAUGGCGAUGAUUGUGAGUUUUGUAUGUCGUGCACCCCAGAUGUUUGAUGAAAUUACUAUGAGAACUCUUUCUCAAAAAUACUUGCCUUCUUAUCUGAUAUCCUUUUUGAGGGCCUUUAUUUCAUGCAGUUGUUAGGAUAUUUCGAUUUUUUCAUAGUAUAAGACUUGUGGGGUGUGGAGAUUUGAAACUGUGAUUUAAAGUCAAGAAUGAUUGCUUGGCUAUGUUUAUAUUGACUAGAACAUUUGGAUCUUGUUGUGAUGUGAUGGCUGGGAAAAUACAUAUUACGAUGAAAAUUGAAGUCCAUAAAAUGAAUUCAUUUACAUGUAUAUGUAUAUGCAUGUUUGUUUUUUCUUCUUAAUCCAUUGCUAUUAUAAUUUCGAUAAGAAAGUGAUAAGUUAAGGAGUAUAUUAAAGCUACAAAAGAAGACAAUCUUAGGAUAGUCGUAGUAAAUUUACCCCUCUGGACGAACUAAUAUAAAAGCUAAUAAUCAUGGAUAGGCUAUAAAUGAAACUACUUGUGAUUUGAACACCACCAAAAGAAAUCAUCUAUAUUCGAGAUGUCUCUGAAAAGAGGGAUCAAAACAUGAACUUAUUUGAACUUGACAGGUUUAACAUACAAACUACUGCAAAUAAAAGAUUUAGAGCAGUUCAGGACUUCCAAUUGUAGCAAGAAUGCAAACUAAUGGAAAUUCUGAAGCUAAGAGGUAUGGUGUAGUCACUGGUGCAAACAAGGGGAUUGGAUUCGAAACAGCAAAGCAACUUGCUUCUCAAGGCAUAACAGUGAUUUUGACAGCCAGAAAUGAGCAAAGAGGAUUGAAGGCUGUUUCAAAGCUCCAUGAAAUUGGUUUACCAAAUGUAGUUUUCCAUCAACUUGAUGUGUUGGACUCUGACAGUAUCCACUCUUUGGCUAAGUUCAUAGCUGACAAGUUUGGCAGGCUUGAUAUCUUGGUAAAUAAUGCUGGGGCUUCUGGAGUUGUGGUUGAUGAGGAAGGAUUAAGGGCCUUGAACAUAGAUCCCGCCUCUUGGCUCUCCGGCAAGGCAACGAACUUUGUUCAGAGUGUGAUAAAGACAAAUUGUGAGAAGGCAGAAGAAUGCCUUAACACAAAUUACUAUGGUCUUAAAAGAGUAACAGAAGCCCUUCUUCCACUGCUACAGCAAUCCUCCCAAGGAGCAAGGAUUGUGAAUGUCUCCUCUCUCAGAAGCGAAUUGAAGAGAAUUCCAGGUGAGCACAUACGAAAAGAACUGGGAGAUAUAGAAAAUUUGAGUGAAGAAAGGAUAGAUGCACUGCUGAAAAGAUUUCUACAUGAUUUGAAGGAAGAUAGAUUAGAAGCAAAUGGAUGGACAAUGAUGCUUCCACCCUAUAGCAUCUCCAAGGCUGCAGUGAAUGCUUAUACAAGAAUUCUUGCAAGAAAGCAUCCAAAAAUGUAUAUAAAUUGUGUUCAUCCAGGCUAUGUUGAUACCGAUAUCAACUGGCAUACAGGAGUAUUGACUGUGGAAGAAGGGGCUAGAGGUCCUCUCAAGUUAGCUCUUUUGCCGGAUGGAGGUCCCACAGGUUGCUAUUUUGAUCAAACUGAAUUGGCAGAGUUUUAAUUAACCCAUUGCAGUUUGGAAUGAGCCCUUCAUUUUCCUUUCUUCAACAUGUGUUUUGAUACCUUGUUUCAGAAUGGUAAAAAUGUUCCAGCAGAAUUGUCACCUAUAAUUCUUGCCAUAUUCUCUGAUUUGAUUGAAAAAUGUGGUUUGCAGAUGUCAAUAGUAUUGUCUUCUCUUCUUUGUACCUCAAUAGUAUUGUCUUCUCUUGUUUUUUUCUUA